AAUAAACAAUACAGUUUCGUUUCGACCUCAAAAUUUUUAACCAAUAUCAAAGUAUUAUAAAAACGUUUGUCGCUUUUGAGUUGCUAUGUAUCCGGGCUCGACCUGGAAACAGCGACACGACCCGAAGAUUUCGAAUUUUGAAGCUUAUAUCCAGGGUUCGGCUAGUUUGGUUGUUGUUCCCACGCGUUGCGUGCACGCAGGGCUCGAAUCAAGGGCCAACUGUUGAUCUUACGACCCGUGCGAAGGAGCUAGUUUUAUAUAAAUGGGAAAAAAAUAAAGCGAGAUCUCGAAUCUGAUGUCAGAUGCUGUGACCUAGAUUGUCCCGGGAGGAAAGGAGGGCCUUCACCACCCACGAAACGACUUUGAUGCGCCGUUUGUUUAAUCUCCGGGUCGGAAUUAUCGUCUGAGAAGUAAUAAACGUACGGAUGUUAUUUUGACAACAAAAUUAAUUUAAAUGAAGAACGAAAUUAAACUCGGAAAAUAUAAAACUGAGGAAGUUCACAAAGCAAAAAGAAGCUGCAGAGUAAAUAUUUUUUACAAAUAUUUUUUCAUGUAGGCGAAGGUAAGAUGAAAUGAAAUAUCCACCUAAAAAAGAAGACCGUUUUUUAAAUUACAUGGAAAUAAGCCUUUGAUUGUUACAAGUUUUACUCCUUGAUAUUGUUUUAUAGAUCAGUUUUCAAUUCAAUGGGCAAUUUUUCCAACAACAUAUAGAAAUAACAAUAAAAACACACGCAAACUCUAUUAUAUGCCAGAAUUAUAUCGUCUGAGAAGUAAUAAAGCGUACGGUUGUUAUUUCGACAACAAAAUUAAUUUAAAUGAAAGAACGAAAUUAAGCUCGAAAAAUACAAAACAGGAGACGUUCGCAAAGCAAAAACCAGUUGCAGAGUAAAUAUAUUUUACAAAUAUAUAUCGGAUCUACAAAGAUCAAUUUUCAAUCCAGUGGGAAAUUUCAAUGGGCUACUCGACGUCUCCGUUUAUUGUCAUACGCUGGAUUGACGCCAAAUGUCAUAAACUUCAAGAAGAGCAAAUUUCGGCAUGGGCAAAAAAAAUCGGAGACGACUUAUGGAAGCUGGGGGAGGUUACAACAAAAUUUAAAGAAAUACAAGGAAGCUACCUUUUUUUCAACGCACAAGUCGAAGAGAAAAAAUUAGAAGAUCUGAUUUUAGAAGUAGGGAAGGACAUAGAGCGCAUGAUGGACCGAAAAAGUGACGCUAUUAAGUGUAUUUCGGAAAAAGCUGAAAGUGCCGCUGAAGCCCGAGAGUACAACGGUUCGGACUUCCAGUACUACAGCUCCAAAUAUUCAAACGUGGUAAACGAACCCAAAGUGGAGUUGCCAGAAGGAGUUACUGAAAAUGAAGACAUGUAUUUAACACUGGAACUUAACCACGAUACGCACUUUUACAAUUUGGCUGUAGAUACCGCGAGAAGUUCGGUUCAUGUUCCGACCAACAUUUAUGACAAACACAAAGAUCCAGCCUUUGCAAUUCAGUGGUCAGAAGAGUUGGAUGAAGUUUUUGUUCAAAAUUAUAAUUCAGAUCCUGCGCUGUCUUGGCAGUAUUUUGGAAGUAGUACAGGAAUUUUGAGACAUUAUCCAGCAAAGAAGUGGCCAGAUUUUGCAAAGGACGAGUUCGAUUGUCGUGUCAGAACUUGGUACAUUGAAGCCGCCACUUGCACCAAAGACGUAAUUAUUCUCGUAGACAGUUCUGGGUCGAUGGAUGGAAUGGGCAGACACAUUGGAGCUUUAACUGUCAAUACUAUCCUUGACACUUUUUCCAACAACGAUUACGUUAACGUUUUGUUUUACAGUAAUGAAACCACAAACUUUUCGAUUCCGUGUUUUAGAGACCUGUUAGUACAAGCUACACCCGAAAACAUAAUGAUAUUCAAAGAAGCAAUACGUCACUUUUAUCCUUCCGGGAAAACUGAUUUACCUCAGGCUUUACAAAUGGCUUUUGAUAUUCUAGAAAAGUAUCGUGAAAAACGUGGAUGCAAUACUCCUCCUGGUGACGAGGAAGACGGGAAGAGUAAAGCUUGCAACCAAGCAAUUAUGUUAGUCACUGACGGCAUUAUACGAAAUUUGAGUGACAUAGUCAUAAAGAAUAAUCAUCUAGAGGGUGGUAAUAUUCCAGUACGAAUUUUUACAUAUUUGAUAGGUAAAGAAGUGACGAAUGUUGCUGAAAUCAGAUGGAUGGCUUGUGCCAACAGAGGAUUUUACACCCAUGUGCAAACUCUGGAACAAGUUACUUCAGCCGUACUGCAAUAUAUUAACGUCAUUGCUAGACCCUUGGUGUUACAAGCUGAUGAUCACCCUAUAUCGUGGACUCACGCGUACAUAGAUAUGACUUAUGACGAUACAAAAGAUGACCAAAUUAACGUCCCCUAUAGACUUUUAACGUCAGCCGCGGUUCCAGCCUUUGACAAGAAAAGUAACCGCAAUAACCAAACUAGAGUGGCAAAGUUAUUAGGAGUGGCAGGAACUGACGUUCCUAUUGACGAAAUUGAGAAACUAACUUUGCCUUAUAAAUUAGGUGUUAACGCUUAUGCAUUCAUUGUAAGUAACAAUGGUUACGUUCUGAUGCACCGAGACUUUCGACCAAUGUUUGAAGGAAACUUGCGUAAGAACUACAACAGCAUAGAUCUGGUGGAGGUGGAACAGUUUGAUGAAGAGUUACCAGCAAGAGUGAUUUCUUCAGAACUGGAAAAUUUACGAAAUAGUAUUGUCAAUGGUUCCCAGGGAAAAAUUGGUGGUAUUCCUGUUAAGUACCACUAUGACAAUAUGAGACGUGUCACUACCGAUAAAUAUGACUUUUAUUACGUUCCUUUGAACCAAACCCCAUUUUCUCUAGCUUUUGCUGUACCCGAUGGUUAUGGACACUUUUCACUGCACGUCGAAGACGAAAUCAGAAAUGACAGACAUAAACCUGGAGUGAAAAUUACUGACUAUUUUAAUGGUUCUAAUUGGAAAAUACACCCUAAAUGGGUGUACUGCAAAUAUCACUAUCUGGAAGGACACGAAUAUGCGACACCAGAGAUGGAAAUAAUUCAUUUUCUGGAGAAAGUCAACAACGCUGAUUUUAUUUGGGAAAAACAGUACGAAAGUAGUGCAACGGAAGAAUUAACCAAAGUUGAUUGUGGCCGCAAAACCCACGAACCUGACGACUACUACUGCGACCAACAUCUAGUGGAAAGGCUGGUUUUUGACGCUAAGAAUACGUUUGCGGCCUUUGAAGGCGCAUCUUGGAAGGACGUGGAUCACUGGUUCAAGGCUUACAAUAUCACUCUUCGGUUUGUAGCAACGAUGAGCGGUUUGACUCGGUGGGAAUACAUUUCAAAGGAGGUAGAAAGCAACACGAAGAAAGAAUUCGGUGACUGGCAUUCCAAGGCUAUCGAUGAAACGUGGUAUAAAAGUGCCGUGAUUCAACAUCGCUAUGAUCCUGAGUCUUUUGUUUAUUCUGUGCCUUUUGAUUUGCAAGAAAAUGAGGAGGUAAUGGUAACAGCAAGUUAUGCAGUUUAUCUUUCGGAUGCAGAAACCAACGCUCCUGGCUGCGUCGUAGGAUUCCAGUUCGCACAUAAGAAUUUUGUGGAAAUUGUGAAAAAAGUGACUGAGCACGUUGCGAGUGCGUGUGCAAAUUGCAGCACUUGUGAUGGUAAAAAUCUGACGUGUUAUAUAAUUGACGCAGAUGGUUACAUUGUAGUGUCUCAUUCUAAUAAGAGUGAGGAUUCUAGUAACACGGGAAGAUUUUUUGGAGAAAUUGCAAAUGACAUUAUGGAAUCGAUGGUUAACGAAAAGAUUUUUGAAAAAGUUACUAUUUAUGAUUAUCAGGCUGUUUGUAAUGUUAAUGACGAUGGAAUCAGCGAUGCCAGUAUUUUGUUUACUCCACUACAUUAUUUAAAGUCGCUAAUUAGUUGGUGUAUCUUGAAACUAUCGUGGGUGACUUUGGAAGUCAAUCUUUAUAAUUUGUGGAAGCCCAUUUACACAUUUGCUAAUGACAUUAGUGAAGCCCUGAACGACACGGAAGCAGAAGAAGUGGUGGUGGUGGAACAUGACGAAAGCGACUACUAUGAUUGUGAAAAGUAUAGGAACUUAUAUAUGUUACAGCAGAAGAAAAAUGAAUAUAUACGAGAUAAUUUGGUGGUGGAAAUACCUGCCAAUAACCAUAGCUGUAAAUCUUACUAUAUUAAAAAAAUACCUCACAGCAACCUUUUAUUUGUUGCUAUAAACCAUACAAAAAAACACGAGUGCCAUGUCCCUUCUCGUUUACAUUCCACUAAGCCGAGAAAAAUCGAAUAUAAUGACAGCAUGAGUUACUCUUGCCAAAAACUCGAUCUGAAUAAUCUUCCUAGAAGAAGAUUAGCUGGUUGUUAUAACGAACAUCCUCUGGAAAGCGAAAUAAGAAUUUGCGGUCGAUCAGCCACAACGAAAAUCGGGUACCUUACAAUAAUUGUGUGUUUAUUAAGUCGGUACUUGUAAAUAAGUGCAAUUGUAAAUGUGUAAAUAAAGAUAAUGUUAUUUUUCCCA